AUGUCCCUGUCAAGUCAGUGUGUUGCUGCCGGUGCAGCAGGCCUCAUUGCACACCAUGCCAUCUUCAAGGAAGGGGAAUGGCAUAUGAAGGCCCCCGUCUUGACGAAAUACUACUUUUCAAUAAUCGUUGCGGUAAUACUAGGAGAGGUAAUUUAUGAUGCAUACCGUGAUAUCCCAAUCGCAUGGCGAGGUGCCAUCCUUCUUGUCACAUUUACCGUUUCACUCUUCAGCAGCAUCAUAUUUUAUCGCAUAUUUUUACAUCGAGACAGACAUUUCCCGGGGCCUUUUCUUGCUGGGGUGACAAAGCUAUGGCAUACUUUCCAUAGUAUUAGUGCACAGAAUCACCUCGUGCUCGAGAAAUUGCAUCGACAGUACGGCGAUUUUGUUCGAACGGGGCCAGCUGAGAUCACCAUAUUCCACCCCGAGGCAAUCGCAAAAUUUGAUGGACCAGGAAACAAGUGCUCCAAGUCAGUAUGGUAUGACUUUUUAUUACCACAUGUCGGCGUCAACACUAUUCGCAACAAGCCCUUUCAUGACCAGCGACGCAGGAUAUGGACCAAGGGACUUUCUACGAACGAGAUAGGAAUAUAUGAGAGCCGCAUUGCCUCGCAGGUCAAGGAACUAGAUGAAAUCAUCUCAGAUAUGGCAACUCGACAAGAGCCUGUGGACUUUUUAAAGUACUCUUACUUUUUUUCUUUUGAUGUUAUGGGGCUAUUUGUGUUUUCUCGAUCAUUCGACAUGCUGCAUAAAAACGAAUGGCACUACAGCAUUUCUAUGAUGCGAAAAGCUAUGAAGUUUCUUGGACCAGUCUCAUCUGUCCCAUGGCUCGGCCAGAUUGGGUUGAAGCUGUUAAAGGGCUACUGGGUUAUAAAGGAUUGGCAUGCCAUGAUUAAAUGGUGUGAGAACCGUAUGGCGGAAUACGUCCAGAAAGACCAAACAACACAUGAUAUUGCUAGCUGGCUGGUGGCCGAUUCAAAAAAGAGGAAUGCAGUGGAAGAAGACCAUCACCUCCUUACAGGCGAUUCAAUUGUUGCAAUCAUAGCUGGAAGUGACACGGUGGCACCUACAAUGGUAUUCCUCUUUUACGAGCUACUACGACAUCCUGAACAAGUGGAAAAACUUUACCAGGAGCUCAAAACAGUCGACGUUAUGGAUACAAGGGUUCUCCAGGGCCUUCCGCAUCUCAAUGCGGUUAUCAAAGAGACGCUACGACUACACCCUGCAGUGCCAACUGGCGGGUACCGCGACACUCCCCCCGAAGGUAUGGCGAUUGGCGGCACUUUUAUUCCAGGUAACACGACCAUGGUAGCCCCUCGCUAUGUUUUGCAUCGAUUGGAAUCGUGUUACAUUCAUGCGGGUAAAUGGAUACCCGAGAGAUGGACCACUUCGCCUGAGCUGGUUAAGGAUACAAGAUCUUUCCUCCCAUUCUCACAAGGAUACUGA